UUCAAACUCCUCCAUUCCUUCCUUCAAGCAAGAUAUGGAGGGAGGAGGAGUCGGCGUGGAAGCCCAAGCCACGGUGUGGAGCCACAUUCUCUCCCUGGUGGACUCCUUUGUCCUCAAAUGCGCCAUCAAGCUCGACGUCAUCGACAUCAUCCACCGCCGCGGCCGCCCCGUCCCCGCGUCAGAGCUCGCCGCCUCCCUCCCCGUCCCCUGCGCCUCCCCCUCCGCCCUCCGCCGCAUCAUGCGCUACCUCUCCCACAUGCGCCUGAUCGCCAUCCAAUACCCUGACGGCGGCGAUGAGGCCGAAGAGCUCUACGCUCUCACGCCAGCCUCCAGAUUUCUGCUGAAGAAAGAAGAGAAGAGCCUGGUGCCCUUCGCGCUCAUGCAGACCGACGAGGAGAUGCUGGAGCCCCUGCACGCGCUGGAGCUGUGCCUGGGCGGGGAGCCGGCGUACAAGAAGGUGAAGGGGGGGAGCGUGUGGGAGCGGGCGUCGCGGGACGCGGCGUUCAACGAGCUGUUCAACCGGGCGAUGGCGUGCAACACGGCGCUGGUGGCGGAUGGGAUGGUGGAGGGGUGCCGGGCGGCGCUGGCGGGGGUGCGGUCGCUCGUCGACGUCGGCGGGGGGACGGGGACCGCCGCCAGGGCCAUCGCGGCGGCGUUCCCGCACCUCCGCUGCGUCGUGUUCGACCUGCCGCACGUGGUGGACUCCAUGCAGAAGCGCCCUGGCCUCGAGUACGUGGGCGGGGACAUGUUCGCCUCCGUCCCGCACGCUGACGCUGUUCUGCUCAAGUCGGUGCUGCACGACUGGAGCGACGAGGAAUGCCUGCGAAUUCUGAAGCGCUGCAAAGAGGCGCUUCCAGGCAAGGGGGGAAAGCUGAUCAUAGUGGACAUCGUCGUCGACGACGAACGAGAGCACGAGUUCGCGCGCGCGAGAAUGGCGACGGACAUGCUGAUGAUGGUGUACACCGGAGGCCGAGAGAGGACCAAGAAGGAGUGGAACCAACUGGUUCUGGGCGCCGGGUUCGCGUCGUGCAAGAUCAAGCCUAUCAUGGCCAUGGAGCAGAUGAUUGAAGCUUCUACUUGAACGCUACCUUCUUCCUGCCAACAAUAAUUGACUAUUGACUAUUACUAGCUACUCUCUUUAUGUUUUUUUUUUUUCCUUCUUUUCUUGGAGAAGAUAAAAUGGAGAUCCCUACACAUGUUGAAUGAAAAAAUUAUGCCAUUUCGCAUGAUUUUACUGAGCUAAAAAUUAUGUCGAUUCCUAUGUGAAGUGGUGUUUGGUUGGUGCCAAGAAAUGUGGUGUUUAUAGCAUAUCAAAUUGU